GCAAGUGCAGGGAACAAUGGUAGGCCGCCGUUCUACGCGCACACACCCUCUUUUCUCCCCUUUCUAAACCCUGGUCAUUUUAUUGGUUACCUGCUUCUCUCCCUGCACUCUCGCUGAGUUCACUCGUGAAGCCGAAUCAACCUUGUGACUCUUAACUGGAGCGAUUCAAAGCUAUGCAAGUCCUCUCAAGCGCGCGUCGACUGGCUAGGGUUUUGAAGCCGCUGGUUCUCCUUAGGUCGGCUGCGAAUCAUAAGUUGCUCCCAUACGAUAUUCAAAUCGCGUUUUCUCCUCCCACUCCUCAUCAAUGGCAAAAUUACAACUCUUUUUCUUCCCAGUCCCUCUACUUCUCUGGCACUUCUUUGCUAAUGGCGCAACAACAAAUUAACUCAUGGGCUGCAAAAGCAUCAUUUUCUACUGAAGCUACUAGUGCUGAGAGAACCCCAACAGAGGCUGUGAAGGAGCUUUACGAUAAAAUUCUUGAAUCUGUGAAUGUUAGACGGACGAUGGCUCCAAAUGCUUGGUUGUGGUCUUUGAUAGAAAACUGUAAAAACCAUGAGGAUAUUAAGCUUCUCUUUGACAGUUUGCAGAAUCUCCGGAGAUUUCGGCUUUCGAAUCUUCGUAUACAUGAUAAUUUUAAUUGCCAUCUUUGCCGUGAAGUUACUAAAGCAUGUGCUCGAGUUGGGGCCAUUGACUUUGGGAAAAUGGCCUUGUGGAAGCAUAAUGUAUAUGGAUUGACUCCUAACAUAGGCUCUGCCAACCAUUUGCUGUCAUAUGCUAAGGAACACAAUAAUGUAAGUUUCAUGGUUGAAGUGAUGAAACUGUUGAAAAAGAAUAACAUCCCAUUACAACCUAGUACAGCAGACAUUGUUUUCAGUAUUUGUUACAAUGCCGGCAAUUGGGAGUUGAUCUCGAAGUAUUCAAAAAAGUUUCUCAAGGCUGGAGUAAAACUACGAAAAACUGCAUUUGACAUAUGGAUGGAUUUUGCUAUCAAAAGAGGAGAUACUGAAUCGUUAUGGCAAAUUGAGAAGUUGAGAUCUGAGUUAAUGCAACAGCACACUCUUGUGAGUGCUUUUUCAUGUGCCAAGGGUCUAAUACUAGAACAUAAGCUUGAGGAUGCUGCUGCUGUCAUUCAAGUCCUUAAUCAGACUUUACCUGACGCCAAGAAGUCUGGAGUUAACGUUCAACUUCAGAAACUAGUCAGUGAGUGGCCUUUGGAUGUAGUUAAGCACCAGCCAGAGGAGAAUAAGAAGGCAGUAGCUGCUGCCUUGAAAUCAGACAUACCUGCCAUCGUCGGUCUAUUAAACAUGGGCUUAGAGUUGAAUGUCAAUUUGGAAGAUCUAACGAGUAAAGAAGAAAUUCCAUCCUGAAUUGUCAAAACAUGUGAGCAUGGCAUUCUGAAACUUCUGUAGUCGCUGUUGAAUGAAGGAGAAUCAGCCAUUUCAACAUUAUGACAAGCAAUUCAAUAAUUACCUGUCUACACAAGAUAUUGUUAGCAUCCUUUGAUCUGGCAAGAGAAGUAUAGAAUAGUGGAUUACUGUUCAUGAUUGCAAGUCAUUAGGGCCAAUCAGUUGUGCCCUGUUCAAUUUUCUGUCAAAAGUUGACAUUUUCAUUUUUUGAACUCAGGAAUAGACAUUGGAGGAACCAAAGAUGAUGUUUAGUUGUAUUCGGCAUCUAUGUUUCAACUCUCAAAAUAUUAAUUGUUCCUUCACUUUCA